CCAUUCUCUAUUGUCUGUUCUACUAUUAAUUAAGUUCACUCAUCAACAAUGGCGUCCGACCCCACCCCCCAACGUCCCCUCCGCAUCGGUGUCUUCCACGAAGACGUCCAAAUGGCCGAUCUCGUCGGCCUCGACAUUAUCGGCAACCUCUCCGUCAAAAACAUGCAAACCGUCUGCUCACUCGUCCCCGAACUCACCCCCAUGCUCCCCCUCGCCACCCCCAUGGAAUUCCUCUACAUCUCCUCCACCCUAUCCCCAGCUUCCAUGACCCCCGAAACGUCCGUCAAUCCCACGCACACAUAUGCAACUGCUCCCCGAGACCUUGAUGUUAUCCUGAUUGGAGGCCCAGACCCGUCGAAAGUGCAUCCGGACAGUUUGACCUUUUUAAGGGAGGCGGUGGGGAGCGGGGAAGGCAAGGCGAAGGUCGUUAUGACGACUUGUACCGGGGGGAUGUGGUUAGCGGCGAGCGGGGUAUUAGAGGGGAGGAAGGCGACGACGAAUAGGAUGUUGUUGGGGAAAGCGAAGGAAAUGUUUCCUGGGGUGGAGUGGUGUGAUCAGAGGUGGGUAGUUGAGGAGGGAGAGGGGAAAGGGACGGAGAUUUGGACCGCGGGAGGGGCGGGAUGUGGUAUUGAUAUGAUGGCUGAAUAUGUGAACAAGCAUUUCGAUCAGAAGCUUGUUGGGCUGGGUCUUGGUGGAUUGGACUUCGAUCCCGAGGGGCCACACGGGCAAUUUUACACCCAACCCCUUCCUACAAGUCUUUAGGUCUUGCUUUCUAUCUCAGAAGGUCGUCAGGGUUGCUGAGAGAAUCUGAGGUCUACGUUGACUGAGGUUUGUUUCUGAAGUGGUAUCCGAGGGUUAGAGAUCAUUUUAAAAAGGAUAUAUUUGGGUUGAAUCUCCCUUGCUUUGAUUCCUUCCAUUAGUGUAAAAAUUUCCCCUCUG